UUCAGGCAGCUGAAGGGGGAAUUAGGCCCGGAAGAUCCGAGUCCAUCCGCGGCGGGGAGAGGGCGAGCGGGGCCGUCUCGGGCCGGAGCAGGGGCGGCGGCGCUCGGACUGUCCCAUCCGCCCCGUAUUGUGGCGCUGGGCGCGGCGGGGCGGCCGGAAAGCGAUGGUGAAAGCGGGGCCGUGAGGGGGGCGGAGCCGGCAGCCGGACCCGCAGUAGCGGCAGCAGCGGCGCCGCCUCCCCGAGCUCAGACCCAGGAAGCGGCCGGGAGGGCAGGAGCGAGCCGGGCCCGUCGCCGCCGCCAUGGAGCUCAGAGUCGGGAACAGGUACCGGCUGGGCCGGAAGAUCGGCAGCGGCUCUUUCGGAGACAUCUAUCUCGGUACGGACAUUGUUGCAGGAGAAGAAGUUGCCAUCAAGCUUGAAUGUGUCAAAACCAAACACCCUCAGCUCCACAUUGAGAGCAAAAUCUACAAAAUGAUGCAGGGAGGAGUGGGCAUCCCCACCAUCCGGUGGUGCGGGGCGGAGGGGGACUACAACGUCAUGGUGAUGGAGCUGCUGGGGCCGAGCCUGGAAGACCUUUUCAACUUCUGCUCGCGGAAGUUCAGUCUCAAGACUGUCCUGCUGCUGGCCGACCAGAUGAUCAGUCGGAUCGAAUACAUUCACUCAAAGAACUUCAUCCACCGCGACGUGAAGCCAGAUAACUUCCUCAUGGGGCUGGGGAAGAAGGGCAACCUGGUUUACAUCAUAGACUUCGGCCUGGCCAAGAAGUACCGGGACGCCCGGACCCACCAGCACAUCCCCUACCGUGAGAACAAAAACCUCACUGGGACGGCGCGGUACGCCUCCAUCAACACGCACCUCGGCAUUGAACAAUCUCGAAGGGACGACCUGGAGUCACUGGGCUACGUGCUCAUGUACUUCAACCUGGGCUCCCUGCCCUGGCAGGGGCUGAAGGCUGCCACCAAGAGGCAGAAGUACGAGCGCAUCAGCGAGAAGAAGAUGUCCACGCCCAUCGAAGUGCUGUGCAAGGGCUACCCCUCUGAGUUUGCAACAUACCUGAACUUCUGCCGUUCCUUGCGUUUUGAUGACAAGCCCGACUACUCGUACCUGAGGCAGCUCUUCAGGAACCUGUUCCAUCGCCAGGGCUUCUCCUACGACUAUGUGUUCGACUGGAACAUGCUCAAGUUCGGUGCCAGCCGGGCAGCGGACGACGCUGAGCGGGAACGCCGGGACCGUGAGGACCGACUGAGACACUCCCGAAACCCGGCCACCCGCGGGCUCCCGUCCACGGCCUCAGGCCGGCUGAGGGGGACACAAGAAGUGGCUGCUCCCACCCCACUCACCCCUACCUCACACACUGCUAACACCUCCCCUCGGCCCGUGUCUGGCGUGGAGAGAGAGCGGAAAGUGAGCAUGCGGCUGCACCGCGGCGCCCCUGUCAACAUCUCCUCCUCAGACCUCACGGGCCGGCAAGAUACCUCCCGCAUGUCCACCUCACAGAAUAGCAUUCCUUUCGAACACCACGGCAAGUAGCUGCGCGUCUCCGGUUGGAAGGCAGCACUGGAUUCCUGGUCGGGUGGCGUCCAGUGGUCUUCAGUCUGUCGUGCACCGGUGAGAACUCUCCUUUUUGCUGUGAAGGGCAGACAGUGAAUGCAUGGCUGAUCUACUCUGUUACAUGGCUUUACUAGUGACGCUCCCCGGUCUAGGACACCGGGCGCUCUCCAGGCCACCCACUCAGCACCGCCUGUGGGGAAACAAACUAAACUAAACCGGACAGACUCCAAGCGCUGCCACCGCCGGGGCUCCACUGAGGCCCCAUGUGGACUCGUUGUCACGGGCCUGGGAAGACAAGCAGAGUGCAAGCCACGUGCAGGAGCCGGACUCCCGUUCCAGAGCCUGCCGGCCCGCCUGCCGCGGUGGCACUCCACGCUCCCCGACGAGUCUGCUGUAACCACCACCUUCUACUCGGUUCUGACAGUUUUGUAUCAUUUUGCUAAAAAUUAUUGGCUUAAAUCUGUGUAAAGAAA